AUGGAGGAUUUAUUCCGGGAAUGGUUUCAUGCAAAGCCCCUUCAGGACGAGAGGAAACAAAGAACUCCGUAUGUGCUGCAGAUGAUCCUGUCAUUCGUCAAGACAAAGACCUUGGCAAAACUUCGACUGUCAAAUAGGCCCAUCUACUUGAAAUGUCAGCCAAAUGAGCAAAUGGACAUUAAAGUGGUACUUGUGCUGAUUUCAGUUGCUGGGCUCCUUGUUGUGAUAAUGACUCAUCUCACAAAACUCGACACAAUGAUCCUUUCAGAGGACGAAGAUGCUAUCAUUAGCGGCUGCCUUCCAGUUAACGAAGACCAAGAAAUUGUAAGGGACAGAAUUACAGAGAUGGAAAGCAUCAUCAGAUGUAACGAUUCCUGCAAUUUUCAGCUUGUGGAAAGCCUUCCUUGUGAUAUGCCCUACGAGCCAAACAGCAGCAUGGCAAAACCCUUAUACCAGGCAUGGAUGGAACUCUUGAAUAUGACCCAGGAAAGCAUUCAUGUGGCUUCUUUUUAUUGGUCUUUGACCGGGGAAGAUCUAGGUGUCAGUGACUCAUCAUCUAAACAGGGUGAAGAAGUUCUUGCUAAAUUUGGAAGUUUGCUUCUGAAGAACGUCUCUGUGUUUAUUGCAACGCACGUGCCCUCUCAAGCCCGCAACUCAACUGAUCUCGAGUUUCUGGAAGCGAAAGGGGCUCACGUUAAAAGGAUUGAUUUUAGACGUCUAACCAAGGGUGUCCUGCACUCCAAAUUCUGGAUUAUAGACAAGAAGCAUGUCUUUCUUGGCAGUGCAAAUAUGGACUGGAGAGCUAUAACUCAGGUGAAAGAAGUUGGCAUUGUGAUCAGCCAUUGCAGCUGCCUGGCCAACGAUCUCUGGAAAACCUUCAAAACAUAUUGGGAUCUUGGAGGAUCCAGAGCCACUGUCCCGUCUCCAUGGCCAAGGAAUUAUUCCACCGACAUUAAUAGGGAAAGUCCAUUGGAGGUACAGUUCAACGGAACCACCACGAAAGCUUAUUUCUCUGCUUCUCCUUUCUCAUUUUGCCCGGCGGGUCGCACCGAUGAUCUCCACGGUAUACUUGAUGUGAUCAAUAGUGCAGAAGAAUUUGUGUAUGUUUCUGUUAUGGAAUAUUUUCCUACAAGCCGCUUCAGACAUCCACCAAGGUACUGGCCAGCCAUCGACAACGCUCUGCGAAGAGUGGCCAUUGGCCGUAAUGUACACAUCCGGCUUUUGGUCAGUUGCUGGAUGGGUUCUGAUCCUUCCAUGUUUCAUUAUUUGGAGUCACUUCGUUCGCUCAACGAUCCACAUGCCAACAUCACAAUAGAAGUUAAAAUCUUCAUUGUUCCAGUGGUGAACCACACAAGCAUCCCCUUUGCAAGACUCAGUCACAGCAAAUAUAUGGUUACCGACAAGGCAGCCUAUAUCGGGACUUCUAACUGGUCAGAAGAAUACUUCAGCAACACGGCUGGUGUGGGGCUGAUUGCUAUGCAGUCCCCAACUGAUCCUCAAAAGAAGAUCCCGAUAAUCCAGGAACGAUUGCGGUCUCUUUUUGAACGGGACUGGGACUCCCGAUAUUCAGUAAAUAUGAAUGACCUCCCUGAGCAGAAGGAUUGUGCUUGGAAAGAAUGA